UGUCUGACAGAAUAUUUUGCUGCGUGAAUUUUUUUUUUUUCAUUGAAAAAAAAUAAAUAAUGGGCAAGAAAAAAUUACAAAUAAAAAUUACCCGAUUGGAUGAAAGAGAAAUUGAUUUUGAUCUAAUCAAUUCAGAAUUUCCAUUCGCCAAUGCAAUACGACGAAUAUUGUUGGCCGAAGUGCCAACAAUGGCCAUUGAAAAAAUUCAUCUUUAUCGUAAUACAACAGAAUUGCCGGAUUUUGCAUUAUGCCAACGAUUAGGAUUGAUACCGAUAAAAGCUGAUGCUAGUGAAUUUGAAAUGAAAAAUUCCUCUGAAGAUGAAGCAACCGAUAGAAAUACAAUUCGUUUAUCAUUAGAUGUUCAAUGUCCAAUUAAUAAUAAUGGUGAAAAUCUUCAUGUUUAUAGUGAUUCAAUAAAAUGGCAACCUAUUGGUGAUCAAACAACCAGAUUCGAAUCCGAACCUAUACGACCAGUUGAUAUGGACAUUCUUUUGAUGAAAUUGGCACCAAGUCAACAAAUUGAUGCACAAAUGGAAUGUCAUAAAGGCAUUGGAAAAGAUCAUGCAAAAUAUUGUCCAGUUGCUGCAUGUUUUUAUCGAUUUGUAACUGAAUUUCAUUUUGAUCAUGACAAACAACUUGAACAUGGAGAACUGGAAAUAUUGAAAACAUUUUUUCCACCUGGAUAUUUAGAUUUCAAUGAUAUUGAUAAGACAAAUGGAUUUCCAUGUAUCAUCAAUAAUCGUUUUAAUCGUAGUGAUUUUACAAUGCAAUCAUGGGACAAUCAUCAAUGUUUGAGGAAAAAAAUUCAAUUUGAAACAAAAACCAAUACGCUUGCAUUCACCAUUGAAUCGAUUGGUGCAAUCGAUCCAUCCGAAUUGGUCAUUCAAUCUAUUGAUAUAUUAAAAUCAAAAUGUACAAAAUUUAUUAAACAUAUCAAACGAAAUAAAUGAUUUUAUUUUUAAUGA